UGUUAAUAUUGUAGUUUAGAAUGUAAUUCAAAUCUGAACAUUCAAAAUUAUGUGACAUCAUCAAUGUUAAAAGGUACAUGGUAUACAACUUGAGGCGACUUUCAACUGAAGGGGUCUACAUCAUGCACGAGAAGGAUGUCGUUACCAUGGUGAUCAGUCUGGAAAACACUGAAGAACAACCGGAAAUAUUUUGUGACCCCAAACCUGCAGAUGAUUCAUUAACAAUAUCUUACUUCUUUCCAAGUGUGUCUGAAGACCUCGUCGCAAAUGAAUCUGAACCGGAUGUUGUUUUCCUAUGGGAUCGUCACUCGCAUAAAGUCGUUUCCAGGUUACACCAUCACACUGGUGUGAGUGCUGUUGCCUUCCACCCACGUGACCAGGAAGUCCUAGCUAGUGUAGCAGACGAUAAAAAACUCAGAAUAUGGACGUCUUUGAAUAGAAAAGAGAGCUAUAUAAUUGAUUAAUCUCUGGAAUAUAAUGUCGCAUAGCGCCAUCAAAUUCAUUUUUUGUACAUUGGAUGUUUAUUUCGUGAUAGUUGUACCACCUAGAAAUCUUUUGUCCA